GGAGAAGAUAAUUUCACUUACUGUCCAGCAACUGGCCUAGCUAAAGGAAAUGAGCACUCGGAAUUUGCUGGCUGGGCAUUUCCAUUUCCAGGGGUGUUUCUCAUGGAGGAGUUCAUUAGUGAAGAUGAAGAAUCUGAGAUGGUUGAACUGAUGGAUCGCGAUGACUGGAAACCAUCACAGUCUGGCCGAAAGAAACAGGACUAUGGACCCAAAGUGAACUUCAAGAAACAAAGGAUGAAAGCUGGCAGCUUUACUGGUUUGCCAAGUUUUAGUAAAAAGAUCGUGGCACAAAUGAAGUCCUGCUCUGUACUAGGCAGUUUCUUACCUGUUGAACAAUGUAAUCUGGACUAUGUGCCAGAAAGAGGUUCUGCCAUCGACCCACAUUUUGAUGACUGGUGGCUUUGGGGAGAGCGUCUGGUUAGCUUAAACUUGCUCUCAAAAACUGUGCUAUCCAUGUCUUGUGAUUCAGAGGACAGUAUCCAAUUAUUUCCAACUUUCAGUAAAGAAAAUGGGGAAUUAAGUCCCCCUGGAUCUUCUACACAGACGUCAGCAUGCAAAAAUUCAGGCGAAGAGGGAAUCAACUGCACUUUAUCCCCAAAGCCUGUUCUAAGUAAAGAGGUGACUGUUGCCAUCCACUUACCCCGAAGGUCUCUGGUGGUGCUGUAUGGUGACGCACGGUACAAGUGGAAACACGCAAUUUACCGCAAGCAUAUAGAGCAUCGCCGAAUCUGUGUCACGUUCAGGGAGCUGUCUGCAGAGUUCAGCGCUGGAGGAAGGCACGAGGAACUGGGUAAAGAACUGCUAGAAAUAGCGCUUUCAUUUCAAGGAAGACCAGUGUGAUCAGAAAGG